CAUUAAAUUCCAAUACUCCAUCUCUCCACCGCAUCGCCAAAAGUCGCUGACCUCGUUAAACCCCAAUCAAUGGCAUUGGCUACAUUUGUUUCUUCUUCUCCCUUCCUUUUGACAUUAAUACUAAUUAUGGUCUAGUGCCAUUUCGAUCCUGCCAAGCUUCACGAUGCAUCAUUUCUCAACGCUAAAGGUUUACUGCGUUUGAUUACUCCCACCUCCCAUGCCAGAAACAAGCAUAGACAGUUUACCAGCGCUAGAAAGCAUGUCUUAAUGGAGAUGAUUCUCUUUUCUCACCUAUGACCCUAGUCGAGUUCAUGAUACGAGAUGGCAAGCUCUUGACAAAUGCUCAUUGUCUCCAACAUGAUACGCCUGUUUACUUCUUCUUCUUCUUCUUUUCAACUUUCUUGAUCAAGUUAAAAUUGAGAGAAGGGGAGAUGAUAGAAAGUAGUAUAUGGCUAAGGUUUGACCCAAGGGAUUGGACACUAAAAGCUCUCCACAACAUAUGGGGAAAGCUUUCAGCUUCAUUACUCAAUUCAAUAAGGUCUUGACCUGUUCCAAGUUUACUACAUUCUUUCUUCAUAUCUCUAGGAGAUUGAAUUUGAUAGAAAAUUUGGCAUGACAAUGCCCGCCUUUUGUGUUAACAUAUUAGAGCAAAGUCAACAUUUUAUAUACAUUUCGAUAUCUGAUUUUGAUGAGAAAUGAAAUGCCUGCUGCUCUUACAUUUACCAGAGAAUCUCUGCUUAGCUUUUUACUAAGAUUAUUGUUUGCAGAAACAAGUUAAAGCUGGCACUCACUUCAAUAUCGAGGGACGAGCUUCACUCACGGGUCUCUCUACUUGUUUGUCUGUUUUUAAAUUAUUUCUUUGUGAAGUUUUUAUUCAGCAAUCAAAACAAAACAAACACUCCGACACAAAUCAAAACCCGACAAAUCCACAUCUCAUGUGCUCUGCCCUUAACAAAAGGUCCACAACCAAACCAACCAAUCUUGUCUUUUACCACCUCUAUAGCUGUAUACCUUUUGCAUCCUUUUUGACAUCUUAAAGUCUCUCAAGAAACAUUCUCAGAGACUCAUUCACAGAAAGAAAGAAAGAAAAGCAUGGGCGUCUCUCUGUUCGUCGGCUUCACCCUUCUCUCACUCUGUUUGCCCACUUCAACAUCCGAGCUUCUACAGUUUCAGCUCUCCACCAUAUCAGCUGCACCUUCGUUUUUACCCGAAGCGCCUUCUAGUUUCUCAGCUUCACCUCCGGAGGCUACGUCUCCGGAUAUCUCUCCUCUGUUCCCUACUCCGGGUUCGAGCGAAAUGUCUCCUUCUCCGUCAGAAUCUUCUGCCAUGCCGACAAUCCCCUCAAGCCUUAGUCCACCAAACCCAGAUGCUGUGGCUCGUGAUCCUCUGCUUGACACUUCUCCGGUGGGGUCUCCUCUGCCUGCAUCUUCCUCUGUUGCUUUGGUCUGGUCACCACUCUCUCUGCUUCUUGUGUUCCCCAUGUUGCUGCUACUACCUUUCUCCAGAUUCUCUAGUUAAACACUUAGAAACUGAGAUUAAGGCCCUCUUGACAUCAUCCUCUGCCAAAAAAAAACAAAAAACAAAAACAAUGUAUUUUCCUUGUAAUUUGAUAUUAUUAUUAUUAUACCUUUUCUAUUAAUUGUUCGUAUGAAAAUUGCUAAUGAACUUCAGCCAUUUGGCUGGUGCACUUGUUCUACUUGUAACA